AUGUCGUUCAUCAUGGAUGAGGAGGCCCGUCCAGAGCCAACUGGAUUAUCGGAACGAGAAAGUUGGAUGGCCACCCGAGAGGAAAUAGAAGACGCGCGUCGGCCGUACAAGGGCGAGAACGUGGCGCAGAAACAGAUCGAGAGAUUGCGGAUGCGCGUACUGUUCAUGUGGGUUUUCAAUGUCGUUCUUCAAGUGUCGACCAUUGUCAUUGCGGUGUGCUCCGCUACUCUCACCUUCCGGGGCCAGCAGUCGACGAGCUGGCUACUAGCUUUGACGCUAGUUAAUUUUCUGGUCCUCGCACUCGCCAUCGGCGCGGGAGCAUGGGGCAUGAGCAGAAAACACGCCCGUCUGCUCAAGCAGUCUUCGUCAAUAAUGGUUGCGCUCUGUAUGAUUUGUGUAUUUGAGUGGUGCUACGAACUUCUCUUUAUUCUUGUGGGAUCGAGACGCGAAGGCAAGUGGCAGAAGGGCGGCAAAUACACAUCCGAGCAGAUCUGGGAAUAUAAUGCGUGGAUGCUCGGAGACAUGGUUGCAGAUAUGCUCUCCAUAGGUGUGUGCUUCAUCUCAAGUCACCAUACCUGGGAGCUGGCGAAGAUGUUCGAAAUGGAGGAUCAGACGCAAGUGGAGAAGCUACGAAGAAGGGGCUCAGAUUCCGCCUACGGAACUUUCUACGAGAAGGGUGGUAGACAAGGCACGCCACCCUUUACGACGAAAAUAUAA